CCUGGGCUUCCCUGCGCUUUGACCGAGACCAAUAUUUGGUCAACUCUUCUUGAGUUCCUACCAGAGACCUGCGAGACUUCGGUUCCUGAUGCCUUUUCCACAGGUUCUUCGUUGAGCGAUAUCGAGAAGUUCAGCCUCAGGAGUCAUAGUAUCAACGGCAGUGGAACACAAUGAUACUCCUAUGUUUUCCUGUCGAAACGGGCUUGCGGGGGACUGAUUUCCUCGGAAAACUGCCAACUCGUAUGUCUCUUUGAGGCAGGAAUACAGUAGCCAAUCAACCAGAGUCGAUAACAGACGACGGAACGUUUCUCAACUCCGCUCUUGCAGCUCCCCUUCUGGAUAGACUUGUUAUUGCUGUGGGAGGUUUAUCGACAGCUGAAUGGGUGUUCUGCAGCACAAUCAACCAGGGACUCUUUCUCAAUGUCGGACAGAAGGCUUUCGUCGACUAGUCGAUCACGCACGGGUUGCUCAAGCUGUCUGAGCGCCAGCCGGAAGUGCGAUGAAACCAAGCCCACCUGCCAAAGAUGCACACGUUUAGGGUUUCGUUGCAAUUAUGAGCGCCCGCUGAGGUGGAAGAACGCAGUGCUCACAGGGAAUGUUCCAAGCAAUGUGAUUAUAAGCGACAGACAUGAGGGAGGUUCGCCGCAAUGGCCAAGAGAGAAGAGUCCUGCCAGGAGCAACCAUGGUAGAGACCACAAUCCCCCCAGUGUCAUCCUGCAGUCCAUCGAUGAUAAUCAGCUCAUUGAAAGGUGUAUGUAACCCCCAAUUUAUUGCAGCAGCAUCAUUGUCCACCUUGCUGAGAUAUAGAUAUUGAGUCUUGACCUCUGGUCACCUACAGUUCCACUGGUCCAACAUGUGGGAUAAUCAAUUUGUGAAGACAUACGGAUCCUUGUGCUUCACCUAUCCUCCGGUUAGGGAGGCAAUCGUCGCGUUCGAACUCCUAGAGCAAUUUGGCUCGUCCCCGGUUGCUCUAGCACGAGUGUCGUCCGCACUGAGCAUUUUCCAGAGCCGGCUGAGAGGAUCUAUCGAGACCAACAACGAUAUACUGCUGGCAGCAGGGUUUCUAAUGUGUCAUGUUGCAAUGAAAGCCGGAUACACGUGGACGGGCCACUUGAAGAGCUUGCUCUCCAUUGCGCUCGCUGGCCAGGAGCCCCAACCAAACAUCGAUCGUCUGGCAGGGCUUGACAUGGAUAUCUGGCUUAUUGGACGGUGUUCGGGCUCCCUGCACGUCUGGUCUACGAUGUGUUCGGGACGAAGCGGGAUCGAUCCCAACACGAAUCUACCGCGCACCCUCUUGGAUCUACUCGCCUCGGCAGACUCAGGCGCAGACAUGUUCCAGCGACUGGAGGCAUGGCAGCCGGACGCCACAGUGGCACCAACAACACUGCCAUCAUGCACACUCGAGAUCUGGCAUGCGUACCGACUGGCGGCUCAAUUGUGGGUUGCCAUCCCGAACUUGCAUCCCACUCAGCUUCAAAACACCGCGCACACGCGCAUUCUCGAUCAGUUGUGGCAGAUUGUGGAGGGCUAUUGGCUGCGUUGCAGGCGAGCUUCGUCGGAGAAUGAACGUCAGGUCAUUUGGCCCAUCGUGGUCGCCUCGUGCUUGACGGAAGAAGACAGGAAGCUCGAGUUCGCGGAGAACGUGCUCUCUGAGCUAUUUCCGAACGAGGCUGGAUUUUGUCCUUCGAACCUCAAAUCACUUAUGCAGGAAUUAUGGUCAAGACGGCGACAAGGGCAAUAUACAAGCUUGGACAGUCUUGCUCGAGAGUGGAAGGUGGAGCUUGGGAUCUGGUGACAGGACGAGGUGGUCCACCGCCUCAUGCCUUUGCCUUGAUAAGGUAUAAUGAGUGAUAAGGGCGCCUGCCGAUGUUAAGGCGGGGGGCUUUAGAGACUCACAUACAACGAGCGCAGCCGGAUGGGGAGUCCAAGAUGCUGUCAUCAGUGCUAGGAUGUUUCUCCCAAAGACGUGCAUCAAGAUACGUUCAUCACAGCCUUCAAAUCGAUCAGGUCAUUUGUCUAUACGAG